AAAAAAUCAGGCGGCAUUGGGCUGCCAUGGCUUUGAAUCUCCUGCACCAUGGCGCGGUGCGUGUACCUCGGCCUUCUGACCCAGGCGAGCGCGCUGGAUGGCGCGUUCCCGCCCGGCUUAGGCGCGGGCUCGGUGCUGGGCUACUGCCCCUUCCUGGAGCCCGGCGCGUGGCCCGAGGAGUGCCAGGCCGCGGUGGCCCUGCAGGCGGGGGGCGCCUCUGGGCGGCGCCGCGCCGAGGAGGGCAUGAUGCUGAGCUUCUACGGCCAUGUUGAGGAGCUGGAGUGGGCCGUGGCCGACGCCAGUGAGGCGGGGCGUCUGGUUGCGGACAUGGCGGGGCGCAUCCUGAGCUUCGCGGAGGGCCUCCACCUGAUGCUCUGCGUGUCGCAGCAUAGGCGCGGGGAGCGCGCUCCCGGCACCGGGCUCCGAGGUGCGUGGAAGACGGCGGCCGGGUUGCUACGCACAAGAGGGGCCCCAAAAACCGGCUCCUGGGGAGCCGGUUUCUGUGACCUCGAAAGUAAACUGAGAGCCUGGGAGGUAAAUGAGGUCGCGCCCGUGGUGUUUGGACGGCAAGUGGGACCAGACACGCCGACUGCUAUUUGGAACGGUGGCAGGUGCCUGUACCCCUCGGAGGAGGACUUUGAACUGGCCUGGAACCGGACUUGCGACGAUCUGCUGCUGCGCUUGCCAAUCGCCUGGCAGUGGCAGUCGCCCCAGCCCUGCCGCAGCGGCAACGAGCUCAUGGCCGUCAUGGGCUCCUUGGUGGAAGGCCUCGCGAAGGCACCCGCUGCCGGCCUCCCGGCCGCCGCUUUGUAUCCCCCGGACGUGGCGCCGGUUUGCGAGAGCCUUGAAAGCCCGAACCUCACUUCGAGGCAGCCGCUGCUGUCACUGGACGGGACCUACGGGCGCCACACCUUGUCCACCGCCGCGCCGGUGGAUCUCCUUGGCGCCUUGGAGACACUGCGGCCCAGGCCGGUGGCGGUGAAUUUGGGCGCCUUCGACGGCAGCUGCCGCCACGGACCGACCGCGACUUCGGCGGUGGCGGAUGUCGCGAACUGCGCCUUCGAGCGGGGCGCCGUGGGACUCGCCAUCGAGGGCCUGGAGGUGGCGCGCAACAUGGAGGGCCGCUGGCCCGGGGUGGAGGUCCACGUGGGCUACGUGUCCCCUGAGGAGGCCAGCGAGCUUGUGACCGCCGGCCUGCAAAGGAUGGGCCACACAGAGGUGGACCUGCUGAAGAUUGACCUGGAUCAUGCCGACUGCUUCUUUGGGUCAGCCCUUCUGCGAAAGCUGCCCUCGCUCCCAGCGGUGCUGGUGGUAGAAUACAAUCGCUACCUGCCCCCGCCCAUUCGUUUCCGCGAGCGCUUCUCAUCUUCCCGCGCCGGGGUGCUGGGGGCCGACUGGAUGGAGGGCAAGGUGAGCCAGCACUGGUCGGGCUGCAGCCUUCAGGCCUGGCAUGACCUGGCGGCGGCUCAUAACUACCAGCUGCUGCAGGCGACGUUGCUGGACCUGGUCUUCCUCAGGGCGGAUGUGGCACAUCGCUGGGCGCCAAAGGAUGGGCCUUUGGGCCCUGAGGCGCUCUUCGAGGCGGCUUUUCAAGCAGACGUGGCACCUGGAGCCUCAAACUGGGGUGUUCAACGGCAAUCCUUGUCUGGCUGCGCGCCGCCUUCUGCUUCGCCCCGGCGCGGCGGCUCUAUGGCCACCAGGCCUUCGUGCGCCUCGACCUGCGGCGCCUCGCGGCGGAGAAUGCGGACGCCCGCUGCGCGCUGGCGCGGCGCUGGUGGCGCGCGGAGAAAGCGGAGGGAGUCGACUCGGAGUUGUACUGCUAGCACGCCUCGACUCCGGCGGUGCGCGACUCCCGCUGAAGUCGCAGGGCUGACAACGGCGGACUUGGAGCCUUCGGGAGCCUGGAGUCCACUGGAGCGAGAUGUGAGGCACCUGGCGGAGCCUCUGCGACGCGCCUUCGCGUGACGGACUGAGUGUGUCCGCCUGAUGCAGCGCCGGCGUGUGCUCCAGCUGGCCGCCGCGACGGUGAAAGAAUGAUCAAGACGUAGAGCCCGCGUGGCCGGCACGUGCAGGGUCAAGAAGGAGU